AUGACACUUGAGUGCCUCACCAGGGGCGCAAAUAUCGCUCUCAUUCGCAAUAAGGAAUGGAUAGAAACUCUGGCAACAAAAGACGAAAAGAAGAAUGUCCAAGAUGUUCUCAGCCAAAUAAAGACUAUUGUUGAACGAGGGACUGACAAACCGGCUCUGGAAGAUAAUCUUGGACGAAGCCCCUUUGCCAUUGGUCUGGCUGCAUUGUUUUUGAAUCCUUUUGUGAAAUCCCCUGUUACUGUGGGAAUCUCUGGAGAAUGGGGGAUGGGCAAAUCAAGUGUUAUGCUUCAGACAGAGAGCAAUCUUCUAAAGGCCACAGCACAGUUAGCAUUCACAAAAUCAUUUCAAAAAGACGGUUUACAUGGAGCAGGUGAAUCUGAACUAUCUAUCAUUGGAAAAGGCAAGCGUAGGAAAAUACCAAAUGCAAUAGAUUCUGAAAGGAGCGAUGGCCCUAUUAUUAUUGACAGCAUUGGAAUGUCCAUUAAACGAGUACUGAUCUUCACAGCAAAGAUAUUAAAUUGGAAAGAACAGAUUUCAAAAACAAUAUUAAAAACGAGCAAAAAACAAGCAAAGGAACAAGACUUGAAAAAUCCCUCCAAGGCGACAUAUACCCUCGUUUGGUCAAGGUUUCACAAAUUUUGGAGUACCCUUCGAGCUCUAUGGGAGGAAUCUGCACCUGAAAAUUUGAGCAAGUUUAAUGAGCUUUUAGAAGAAAAAUAUGAACUUAAAUAUCACCAAAUUUUAAAGUCCCUGGCCGUCAUUGACAGGCGUGAUAUGUUUAAACAAGAGGAAGCAAGUGGGCCUAGAAAUCAAACAGUCGGUGAAAUGCAAUGGGAGGAAUACUCGUUGCAGGGGACCACACCUUCCAUUUUGACUGUACAAUACAAUGCCUGGCAUUACAGGAAUGAAACCGAGGCAUGGGCUGGUCUCGCAGUAGAAAUCACAAAAGAAUUGGAAGCAACGAUGACGGUGGCGCACAAGCUGAGGACUAGCUGGAUAUAUAAUUGGAAAAACCGCAGAGAUAUCAUCUGUUUGAAAGUAAUCUUCCCCUUCAUUCUCGCACUACUGGCGGCCAUCUUUCUCAGUAUCAUUGUAUGGUUGGUAUUUGGUACAGUCCAUAAUAAAGAUCUAAAGAAAAUUAAAUACGGAGGCUUACCAGCAUCAAUGAUUGUAGCUACUUGGGGUAUAGGGAAGUCUGUCAUUUCUUUUGUGAAACCUAUCAGUUCUCAAGUCGUGGACUAUAUAUGUCUGCCAGACCAUAGCCAAAAGCUUGGUUAUUAUCAGCAAGUUAUUGAUGAUAUCAAGUUUUUGAAAGAACAUCUCUGCUAUAAACGCUCCCUGAAGUGGGAGGUGUUUGCUUUUAUGUGGUGCUGCAUUACAUGGAGUUGGGAUGAGAACUAUGUUUCAGGAACAAAGAUUCCCAAGAUGCCCCCCGCUUCUGGUAAAAAUCUAAGGAUGAUAGUCUUCGUCGAUGAUCUCGAUCGUUGUGAAGAAAAUGUGAUUCUGCAAGUAUUAUCAGCAGUGAAUCUGGUUUUGGCCGCUUGCGAGAUCAAUAUUAUUUUGAGCAUGGAAAAUAGCAUGAUCGAAAGGGCAAUACUAAGAAAGCAUGGGAACAAUAAAAGCAAAGAUAAUAAGGAGUUAGCAGAGAAAUAUUUAAGGAAGAUAGUUCAGCUGCCGCUACACUUACCAGAACCUAGUCACUCGGAGUCCAAAGACUUUUUGAAAAGGCAGCUAGGUAUGUGGUCUACCGAUCCAAAAAAACAUACUAGUCAUGGGCGUAGAAAAGCGAAUCUAAAGUUCGAAACUGUACGUCCAACUCCAAACAAAUUUACACAAGGUAGCAAAGGAAGAAAGGAAUAUUUCAAAGAAUGUGUAGCUAAACUCCAAGGAGAUCUUCGUUGUUCAGAUACUCAUAUGGCCCAACAGCAGGAACAAACGGAACAGCAGGAAACGGAAGAGAAAGCAGGCGAAUAUAUAAUUCAAAUACACAAUGAUUUGUGCAAUGUACGAUCGCAUAAUUCACCAUCCGUUUUCAUUCAAAAUCAGAAGGCUCCAGAGUUGAAGAAAGUACGAUUGAGAUACUUGGACCCGGCAUUGAGAAAGCAGUUUGUUGCAGUUGAUCAACAACAGAGAGAAGGCAGCAAGGGCAAGCCAAGUCUUAUGGAUGAUCUCUCCUUAAUAAUUAGUGCAAUGCUCAUCCCAAAGUAUACUCCAGGAGAAAGGAAUGCUUUCGACUUUCUUCAUACUCAGUGCACACGCAGUAAAAAACUUCCCCGAGAGUGGAAAUGUUUCAUGGCAUACCAUCGGCUAGCAUGGAAUAUUUUGACUCUAACCUUUCAUCACGAAGAUGUUAACCCAGUGGAAGGAUGGCAGGUUCAACUAAUUGCGUGGAUUUUCGUGUGCUGGGAAUGGAGGGACCUCAUAACAGUUCUUAUAAAAAAAUGGACCAAGCUUAAGGUUUUAAGAGAUUGGAAAGCUGAAGAGGGGCCUUCUCUGAGAGAGAUUGUUGAGCAUUAUAUUGAUGAGAAGUGGCCAGCUGACAAGAAGAGCGCCACAGAAAAAGAGGAUGACGCCACUGAAAAAACGGAGAAGAGCGAAAAUUUUCAUGGAGACAAGAAUAGCGCCACAAAAAAGGAGGAUGACAGUACUGUCUCCAAAGUGCCAGAGGACAACAAAGGAGAAAGCUCUGUGCAACAGGGCAGAAGAAGUGGAGAUAACUCCACGGACUGUCUCAAUGAGGAUGUGGAUGAUAACUCCAGAAGCAGCACUGAAGAAGUGGAGAAGACAAGCGGCAACUUGCCAGAGAAAAACAAGACACCAAUCUCCAGCGAGGAGGACACAGAGAGAAAUGAUUAUCUAAAAGAGAGAAAGGUUCGGGAAGAGAUGAGGGAAGCUCUAAAAAAGGUUCAGGAGGAGAUGACGGAAGCUCUAAGAAAGGUUCAGGAGGAUAUAAGGCAGGAUAUGAGGGAAGCUCUGAGAAAGGUUCAGGAGGAUACGAGGGAAGCUCUGAGAAAGGUUUUGAAAGAGCAGGAACAAGACGACAAAAGAGAAAGCUCAACCUUUAAGGAGAAUUCGACUAUAAUCAGGAAAGUUUUAAUGGAGGAAGAAGACAAGGAAGGAGAAAGCUCACUGCAACUGUACACAAUGGUUGAGGACACUCGAAAAACUCAGAAGGAAAAGGAUGAAGAGGAGCGAGAAGAAUGGUUUAAGCUGAGAGACGCAUUGCGGCGCUACAAUGUAUCAAUGGAUGGCAUUCAAGCCUUCCAAAAAUUUAGGUUUUACUGCCAGCCUGGACAUCUUCCAUGGCCCUUGCCCAAACAAGCCUAAACAUCACCAAAUAUUCGU